AUGGCGGAGCGGAGCCGCGGCGCUCGGCGGCGGCUGCUGCUGCUGCUGCUGCUGCUCCUGGCCGGCUCCGCCGCCAGCCCGGCGGAGGAGAGCGGCGGGCGGCGGGAGGCGGGCGGCGGGGAGCACGGCGAGGAGGCGGCGCGGCACCACGACUCCUCGUACGGCACCUUCGCCAGCGAGUUCUACGACCUGCGCUACCUCUCCGAGGAGGGUUACCCUUUCCCUACUGCUCCUCCUGUGGACCCAUUCGCAAAAAUCAGAGUGGAUGACUGUGGAAAAACCAAGGGAUGCUUCAGGUAUGGUAAGCCUGGAUGCAAUGCAGAGACUUGUGACUACUUUCUAAGUUACCGCAGAAUUGGAGCCGAUGUUGAAUUUGAGUUGAGUGCUGACACAGAUGGCUGGGUGGCAGUGGGAUUUUCCUCAGACAAGAAAAUGGGAGGCGAUGAUGUCAUGGCUUGUGUUCAUGAUGAUAACGGAAGAGUCCGAAUACAGCACUUCUAUAAUGUUGGUCAGUGGGCUAAAGAAAUCCAGAGGAAUCCUGCUAGAGAUGAGGAGGGGGUUUUUGAAAACAACCGUGUAACGUGUCGAUUCAAGCGUCCUGUCUACGUUCCCCGAGAAGAAACCAUCGUGGAUUUGCACUUGAGUUGGUAUUACCUGUUUGCUUGGGGCCCAGCAAUACAGGGUUCUAUAACUCGUCAUGAUAUCGACUCUCCACCCGUGUCAGAGCGUGUUGUCAGCAUUUACAAGUACGAAGAUAUUUUCAUGCCUUCGGCUGCCUAUCAGACCUUCUCCUCUCCAUUCUGCUUGCUCCUCAUUGUUGCACUGACCUUCUAUUUAUUGAUGGGAACCCCAUGACCAAUGGGAAAUAGCAAGAAUUUGGCAGUGGAAGUUUCUCAGGAUGGACAGCUAUAUGGAUGGACAAUGCAUUUUUCUUUUGGAAUUUAUAUCACAUCACCAUCCUCAUCUAGCUGCUUUUGAACAUAGUUAGCUUCUCAGAAGAGUGAAAUAACCAUCUCCCUUGAGUGGCAGAGUGGUGACAAAUCAUUUAAGAAAAUCAGUGAACACAUUGGAGAGUAUUUUCAGUGUUGUGAUUACUUGCUUAAGGAAAAUGAGACUUUUGUAAGAUCAAUGUGUGUAUGUGUGUGUUUGGGAGGGGUGCCUGUAUGUGUGUUCAGGUGAAUUUAGUGAUGGACAUCUUAUCAAAUGACAAAAUUGCCUUCCAAAUUGCUACAAAAAAGCAAAUUUGGGAAAACACUGCAAUGCUGUUUGGUACUUCUAGAGCAGAGAGCACAACUCCAAGUGCAGUUCCUAAUCUUAAGACCUGGAAACCAACACAGCAGUAUAAAAACUGCCCUUCAGUAGUGCAUAGUUCUCUCAAUUUUUUUUUUUUAUAUUUAUCAAAGUGUACUUGCUGUAGUACUUUCCAAAACUAAACUUGCAUAUUCAAGCAUUAGCAUGAUUUUUUUUUCAACAGAAAUAGGUGAUGAAUGUCUUUAUUGUGUUUCAAUAGCCUCUUUGAAAGAAAUGCCUACUUCUUUUAAAAGUGAGAUAUAAAGUAAUUUAAACAAGGGGAAGGGAGAAUACAGCAAUAUAAAUUCUCCAUACAUAGGAAAACCAGGUGUAAAACAUGCAGAAUAUAAAAGUUCCCAACAAGCCAUAGGAUGUCCUCCUAACAGAUUAAAUCAAUGUUUCUCUUUUUAUUAAAAAAAAGCAAUUUUGCUGGCAUGUAAAUAUAUUUUUAAGUAAUUGUGCAGUAGUAUGAAGUAAUCUCUUUUUCUGUGUUGUAUGCCACUAAAUCCUGUUCAUGUUAAGGGUGACUGUAGGCAGCUGGUGUAAUCUUACAAAGAAAUAUAAAUGAGAUUACUUGUAAGGAAAGACAGGGAUUAAUAAGAACAGCAGUAUCUUUCGUUCAUCAAACCACUGCUAAAAUAUAGGUAUUGUGGAAAAAGAUGAACUAAAAAGGAAAUACAUUAGCUGUUUUUAUCACCAAUAAAUAGUACAAGAGGAAUGCUAAAAAUUAAAGAAAUGAAAAGUGUCAAAAUGUGUUUAUGAGCCACAGACUAUAAUAAAAACUUGGAGUGAAGAAUUUCUGUUCUUUACCUAAAAGGAACUGUAAGACACGUUUACAUAUAGCAGUCAAAUGUGCUUGGUAAGGUUACUCAUUCACUUUCCAACUUACACUAAAAUUCUACUUAAGUAGAAUUAAAGUCUAACUAGUGCCAAAGUUUUAUCUAAUGUGAUACACUUGAGGACUCUGUAACAUAGAAUCUGGUAAAGUAUAUGUAAUGCAACUCCUUUCUAUUUUCAUUGCUGCAUGGAGUAUAAAAUGAUUAAUUAGC